UAAAACUGAUGAAGCGGCUUCUUUAUACUUUUCUUCUGGAACGAAUUUUACAGAGUAUAAACCUGGGCACUAUAAAAUGACAAAAGCUGAUAAACGCGAAGAUAUUGUUCUUGUAGCCUCAGAGCCACUAACAUUUGAAAGAGCAGAUUGGUUAAAAAUUCCAACAAAUACUUGUUUAGUCAUUACUCCAAAAUUAAACGUUUUACUAUUUCCUAUUAAAGAUCAAUUUUAUAAUAUUCAUAGAACAAAAAAAAAGU